AAACACUUCCCAAAAAUCGCCAUAUUUUCGAAAUUUCGAUUAUCGAAUUUUCGAACAAGAACUUCCGCCCGAUUGAAAAAGACAAAAAAUUUUCCUUUUCAUUUCUUUUUCUCGUAGAAAUGCCACCCAAAAAGCCAACCGAGAAAUCCGGCGCUAAGUCUGGCGACAAGAAGCCCGAGAAGAAGGCAACUACUGCUGCCACUUCCGGUGCCAAGAAGGAAACAACAGCCAAGGCUGCUGCUCCUGCCGCCAAAAAGGCCGCUCCAGCUGCCAAGAAACCCGCAGCUGCUGCCACUAAGAAGCCUGUAACCAAGAAGGCUGCCCCCACCAAGAAGGUUGCCUCCAAGGCCAAGCCCAAGACCAAGGAUGCCAAGAAGAAGGCUGCCGCUGGCAAGAAGCCCCAAUCUGUUUUGGCUAAAUUGUCCGCCAAGGCUCGUGCUGCUGCCAAGGGCAAGAAGGUAGCCGCCAAACCCGGCUCCAAGGUUACCAAGGGUACCUCCAAGGCUAAGGCUGUUGCUUUGUUGAAGGCCAAGAAGGCCCAAACCAAGGUCAUCAAGGGUGCUUUCGGUACUCGUACCCGCAAGGUCCGUACCAAUGUCCACUUCCGUCGUCCCAAGACCUUGAAGUUGCCACGCAACCCCAAAUACCCACGCAAGUGUGUCCCCACCAGGAAUCGCAUGGAUGCUUACAACAUCAUCAAGUACCCCUUGACCACUGAAGCCGCCAUGAAGAAGAUCGAAGACAACAACACCUUGGUCUUCUUGACUCACUUGAAUGCCAACAAGAACCACAUUCGUGCUGCCGCUCGUAAAUUGUACGACAUUAAGGUAGCCAAGGUCAACAUCUUGGUCAGGCCCGAUGGCAAGAAGAAGGCCUACGUUCGUUUGGCUCGUGACUACGAUGCUCUUGACAUCGCCAACAAGAUCGGCAUCAUAUAAA